AUGAAUACAUGUAUUAAAUCAAUAGGCAGUUCAAAAGUACUUUCGAUAAUGCUCAUUGCUGAUAGCUUAAUUAUUCAUACUCAAUCCUAUUUAAUUUCAAACUAUAAUUAUUUGAUUAUAGCACUAUCAUUAACAUGCUUUCAUGGAAUCGUUUUAACAUCUGAACAUUUUUUGCAGGGAAGAAAUAAAUUAAUAAAUGUUUUUUUUAAUGCAUCUAAAGGAGUAGCACAAAUAAUUGUUCACUACUUAUUGGAACAAAAUUGGUUGAUUUUUGCUGGAAUAUAAAUAAUUUGUAUCAUAAAAUAGGAUGUCUAGCAUUUUAAAUAUGUUUUAAUAAUUUUUUUUAUUACCCAAAUAUUUUGUGUUGCCUUUUACAAGACAGACUUCAUAAUAGUGGGAGUAAUUAGAACUGUAUUUAAUUAUAUUUUGAUAAGUCAGAUUUUUAGAUUUGAAAGCCAAAAUAAUUUAAUAUAGUUAGAAAACAUUCUUAAACAUAUAUAGCAUGAUGAAUUUUGUUUAUUGGAUAAUGAUUUUACCCCAAUAUUUAAUUAGUAAGUCUAUAACUAAUUAAAAGAAGAGCAAAUAUUGGGAGCAUAAGAAUUCUAUAUUUAAACAAGGAUAAUAACUCCAAGGGAUAACACUUCCAACUUAAUCAGAUAAAUCCAGCUGAAUGAGGAUGAUGCCAAACAAGCUCUAUCUCUAUAGGAAAUACUAUUUCAUCUUAAAAAGAGCAAAAUUCCUUUAUCCAAGAAACUGUGUUAUUAAUUAAGCAAUCAACAAAACUACCAGAUUUAAAUAGAGAAUUUUAUUUUGGAUGAGAAUAACUCUAUGGUGAUGAUUUAAAAAAGAAAGAAAUAUGAUAAUAUACAAUAAGGGAAUUAAAUAAAUUUUAUGAUUAAGAGUGUUCGAAAAGUGUCUCAUGAUAUGAGAAAUCCUUUGAAUGCAAUAAUUAAUAUGCAGAUGUGUUUGAAAGAGCAAAUUGAUAAAGAAUUAGUUUUGAAGUACCUUAAACCUUCUCUAAAUUCAUGUCAUUUAUUACUUAAUCUUUUAAACGAUAUAUUAGAUUCGGCUCAGGUUGAAAAUAACAAUAUCAAACUAGUUUACAAGAAAUUCAAUCUAUAAAAUUUAAUUAAAAAGACUAUUUCAAUAUUUGAUUCCUUAAAGGAUAAGAAGGACAUUAUAAUAACAUUUAAUUAUGAUUCAAAAUUACCUACGGCUGUGAAUUCUGAUAAGUUUCGAAUUAGAUAAAUCAUCAUGAAUUUGCUUAGUAAUGCCAUCAAAUACACAAAGCCUAAUGGGAAAGUGUAUGUUGAUUGUUCUGAAAGUCCUUAGAGAAAGAAUUUCAUUAAAAUAUCUAUCUAAGAUACAGGAUAUGGAAUCAAAUAGGAGAAUUUGAAAUAUUUAUUCAAAGAAUUUUCUAAAAUAGAAGACAGCGAAAGUUAGAAUUUAAAUCCUUUCGGAAUAGGAUUAGGUUUGAUGAUAAGUAAUGAACUGGCGAAAUUAUUAUCGAAUAGUGGUAUUCAAGUAUAAUCAGAAGUGGGAAUAGGUUCUAAAUUCUAUUUUGAAAUCGAGAAUAAAUAACUGGCACCUGAAGAUAUUUCAGAUUCUCAAUUGUUGAUUCUUCAUCAAAAUGGAUUACCUUCCUUCGAUGCACAUUUUCUUCCAGGACCUAACUCAAACAAAUCUCCAGUAAUUUCCUUGGCUUUACCUCAAGUGGAAAGUAGUAAGAAGAUCAUUCUAAAAAGAUCUUAGAAAACCAUCAAUGUGAUGACUAAUUCUGUUAACAAUUAAACGAAAUUGAAUGUAAAAAAUGAUGAAAAAAGUAUUGCCAGAAAACAGUCUCUAUAGGCUAAGUAAAUUUAGGCUCUUAGGGACAAAUGGUAUGAUUAUACGAAUUAGAAACCUCCAAUUUUAAUUGUGGAUGAUGAUGAAGUCAAUAUCAUGGUAUUGCAGUACUUAAUGGAAUAAAUGAAUAUAAGUUCGGACUCGGCAAUGAAUGGAAUGGCUUGCUUAUAAAAAUUCGUAGAGAGAUAGAAGGAAGGUUACUCCUAUCAAUUGGUGUUUUUAGAUAUCAAUAUGCCAGUAAUGAAUGGAUUCGAAUUAGCCAAGAAGUUGAUUCAAAUAGAUCCACUCAUUAUUCUCAUUGCUUGUUCUGGUGAUAUACCCAAUUCUAGUUAUCUGGAACAGUGCAAGUAAUCGGGCAUCCUUGGUACUAUUCUAAAACCCAUUCCCAAAAGCAAACUAAAAGAAUUACUAGUCAAACUAUCUGAUGGGAUCAAAUAAGAUAGUUAAUAAUUUUCAUAUUAUUGCUGA